AUGGCGCCCCGGCGUCCCGCCGAGCUCCCUCCCGCCCCGCAGCACUUCCUGCAGCUGGAGCAGAUCGGGGGGCAGCUCAGCGCCUCGCUGCUGCACUGCCACGACACCGAAACCCGCGCCACCAUGACCAUGGCGCUGGCCGGGGACGUCAUUGCGGCCGGGCAGGACAACAGCUGCCACAUCCUGCGCUUCAGCCUGCAGGAGCCCGAGGGGCCGGGCACCGCCGGGAAAGACGGUGAGACAAGACAGCGGUUCACCGGGAGUCGCUGUGAGGCGCUUGUCCCUGGGGCUGUGCUGUGCUUUGGGGAUGGCCCUGAAUUCCCCUCCCUGGACUGGGCAGCCAGGGGGGGCAGGGGGGGAGUGGAUGUGGGUACAGUGGACUGGGGCAGCCAGGGUGGGCAGGGGGAGCUGGGACAGACACGGCAGCACACAUUGGGCAGGGACAGCUGGGUCAGCAGCACCUGCAGUUACCUAGCACUGCUGUCCCCACACCUGCCCGGGGCUGUGGCAGGGCCUGGCCCAUGCCCAGCGCCCACUCCAGCUCUGCCUCUGCAGUUCCCCAGCAUGAAGAAGACGUUGGAGUUCAGAGCCCACGACGGGGAGAUUGAAGACAUCGCACUGGGCCCUGACAACAAGGUGGUGACGGCAGGGAGGGACUUCCAGUGCUGCGUGUGGCAGCAGGACCAGCUGGUGACAGGGCUGCGCUGGCACGAGAACCUGCCUGGCAUCCCUGACAAGGCCUAUCGCUACCAGGCCUGCCGGUUUGGGGCCGUGGAGGGCAGUGCCGGGGCUCUGCGGCUCUACACCGUGCAGGUGCCCCACAAGCGGGAGCGCCGCCCCCCGCCCUGCUACCUGACCAAGUGGGACGGGAAGAGCUUCCUGCCCCUGCUGACGCGGCCCUGCGGCUCCGAGGUGGUCUCCUGCCUCUCCAUCAGUGAUUCGGGCACCUUCCUGGGGCUGGGCACAGUGACGGGCUCGGUGGCCAUCCACAUUGCCUUCUCGCUGCAGAGGCUGUACUACGUGAAGGAGGCCCAUGGCAUCGUGGUGACGGACGUGGCCUUCGUCCCCGAGAGCCGGCCGGGCCGGGAGCUGCUGGGGGGCCACGAGGCCGCGCUGCUCAGCGUGGCCGUGGACAGCCGCUGCAAGCUGCACCUGCUGCCCUCCCGCCGCUCCCUCCCUGUCUGGCUGCUGCUGCUGCUCUGCGCCGGGCUCAUCGUGGCCACCAUCUUGCUGCUGCAGCUGGCCUUCCCGGGCUUCCUGUAGCCCACUCACCCCGGAGGGACCCCCUGGCACCAGGAGCGACCCCCCGGCCUCCACCUCCCCCCCACAGACUGUGAAGGACAUGAGGGACCAGCCCUGGCCCCGCUGUCCCCGCUGGCGUCGGGGAGCAGCCGCGGGUCCGGGGAGCCGUGCAGGCGCCGUCCCUGUGGGACUGUGCUGGCAGCAGUGCGGGGCUGGCCCCGGAACAGGGGGGCUCCUGGUCCAGGAGAAGAGGGUCCUGCUGGCCCCCCGCCCUGCUGCUGCCAUUAAACUGGAGCAUGAAGGCAGUGGUGUGCUCGUGUGC